AGGGGGGUGCGAGGGCGGGGAGAGGCUGCCCGUUAAAUACCGCUCCCCGCCGCACUCCGGGCUCACCCAGCUCGCCGCCACCGUCGCCAGACCGUGCCCGGGAGGAGGGGGCGUUCCCCACGCCAUGGCAUCAACGGAAGGUGCCAACAACAUGCCCAAGCAGGUGGAAGUGCGCAUGCACGACAGCCACCUCAGCUCCGAAGAGCCGAAGCACCGAAACCUGGGUCUGCGCAUGUGCGACAAGCUGGGGAAGAACCUCCUACUCUCGCUAACGGUGUUUGGUGUCAUCCUGGGGGCAGUAUGUGGCGGGCUGCUUCGCCUGGCGUCUCCUAUCCACCCUGAUGUGGUCAUGUUGAUAGCCUUCCCAGGGGACAUACUCAUGAGGAUGCUGAAGAUGCUCAUCCUCCCCCUCAUCAUCUCCAGUUUAAUCACAGGGCUGUCAGGCCUGGAUGCUAAAGCCAGUGGCCGCCUAGGCACGAGAGCCAUGGUGUAUUACAUGUCCACAACCAUCAUUGCCGCUGUGCUGGGGGUCAUUCUGGUGCUGGCCAUCCACCCUGGCAAUCCCAAACUCAAGAAGCAGCUGGGACCUGGAAAGAAGAAUGAUGAGGUGUCUAGCCUGGACGCCUUCCUGGAUCUCAUUAGAAAUCUCUUCCCGGAGAACCUGGUGCAAGCCUGUUUCCAACAGAUUCAGACAGUGACAAAGAAAGUUCUGGUGUCACCUCCGUCCGAAGAGGCCAAUACAACCAAAGCAGUCAUCUCGAUGUUGAACGAGACCAUAAAUGAGGCCCCGGAAGAAACUAAGAUCGUUAUCAAGAAGGGCCUGGAGUUCAAGGAUGGGAUGAACGUCCUAGGUCUGAUCGGGUUCUUUAUUGCCUUCGGCAUCGCCAUGGGGAAGAUGGGGGAGCAGGCCAAGCUGAUGGUGGAGUUCUUCAACAUUCUGAAUGAGAUCGUAAUGAAGUUAGUGAUCAUGAUCAUGUGGUACUCCCCGCUGGGUAUCGCCUGCCUGAUCUGUGGGAAGAUCAUCGCCAUCAAGGACUUAGAAGUGGUUGCUAGGCAACUGGGGAUGUACAUGAUCACGGUGAUCGUGGGCCUCAUCAUCCAUGGGGGCAUCUUCCUCCCCUUGAUUUACUUUGUAGUGACCAGAAAAAACCCAUUCUCCUUUUUCGCUGGUAUUUUCCAAGCCUGGAUCACGGCCCUGGGAACUGCUUCCAGUGCUGGAACUUUGCCUGUCACCUUCCGUUGCUUGGAAGACAAUCUAGGGAUUGACAAGCGUGUGACCAGAUUCGUCCUUCCAGUCGGAGCAACCAUUAACAUGGAUGGCACAGCCCUUUACGAAGCUGUGGCAGCCAUCUUCAUAGCCCAGAUGAAUGGGGUCAUCCUGGAUGGAGGUCAGAUUGUGACUGUCAGCCUCACAGCCACCCUUGCGAGCAUCGGCGCAGCCAGUAUUCCCAGUGCAGGGUUGGUCACCAUGCUCCUCAUUCUCACCGCCGUGGGCCUGCCGACAGAGGACAUCAGUCUGCUGGUGGCGGUAGACUGGCUUCUGGACAGGAUGAGAACUUCAGUCAAUGUUGUGGGUGAUUCUUUCGGAGCUGGGAUCGUUUAUCACCUCUCCAAGUCUGAGCUGGACACCAUUGACUCCCAACACCGUAUGCAUGAAGACAUCGAAAUGACCAAGACGCAGUCCAUUUACGAUGACUCCAAGAGCCACAGGGAAAGCAACUCCAAUCAGUGCGUCUAUGCCGCACACAACUCUGUCAUGAUAGAUGAGUGCAAGGUAACUCUGGCGGCCAAUGGAAAGUCAGCUGACUGCAGUGUUGAGGAAGAGCCUUGGAAACGUGAAAAAUAAUCACCUGACUCUCAGCCAAUUCUUGAAUAAGCUCCCCAGCGUAUCUUAUGGUAAAAGAUGCUCUAAACAGGCUUCCUUUACAAAAGGAAAAUGCAUAUAUAUUUCUAUGUUUACUUAAUCUGUUAGCUGAGGUGUAGAGGAGCUGUUGUACACCCAUGAUGACAGGCACUGUGCUGUGUCUUUGCCAAAUAAUGCUUCAUAACUGUCUAAUUUUCUCACUUGUGUUGUUGUCUGAAUGGAUGCUGCUGGAGAAACCACUUUGAAUGGAAGACAAGUUCUUGCCAGCUCUCCCUGUCUCAUGCAGAACUGUGGAUGAUGCUUUCCCAAGGGGAGAGGAGGAAAGCAGUGUCGUACAUGCCAGGGACUUGAGACAGUGAGCACUCACGGCGUGGCAUUCCUUAAAGUGUUCAUGGCUCGCCUUGUUCCACACAAAAGAUUCUACUAGAAGAUUCUAGAAAUACCGCCCCUACAGGCUGUAGGGUUGGCACCUACCUUGACUGAAAGCAUCUGUCUUAGGGAACUCUGACAACUUACCUUUUUGUGCACUAAAUUAAAUGUUUCAGAGUUUUAGUGGGUGCCCAUACUCUGAAAGGUCUGCCUUUCCGUGUGUGUGUGUGUGUGUGUGUGUGUGUGUGUGUGUGUGUGUGUGUAAAAUGGGAAAUUUCAAAUUUGAAAAUGAACUAGGAAUUAUUUGAUUAUAAUUUGAGAAAAGGAAAGGAGCAUAGUCAACCUAAUUUUUAACCAGAUUUAAAUACUCAAACUCACUUGUUUGACUUGCACUCAUACAGCAUAGUGAAGACAAGUGUGUUUGUCUGAUCUGUGUUUUUGUUGUUGUUUUGCUCAUAGAUUCUCAUUUAAGUUCCUAACAAAAAGAUAUUUUCAAUAUCCAAAUUGCUUCCAUUCCAUUCUCAUUCACUUACAUGGAUGAGUGUUUUUUUGCUUCCUCACAUAAAGAGACACAUGUUGCCUAUGCCUCUUUUCAUAUCAUCUUGGUAUAUAUCUAAUAUAUAAAAAGUGUUCUGUAAUAUCAAAGCACAUGAAAACCAUCACAAGACGCAAAAACAUUCUUCCCUUUUGGAGAGAAAGGAACAGAAACAUCUGUACAACAUCCUAUGAAGGUGAUAUUCCUGUGACAGAGUUCAGGCAGCCUCAGUCCACCACAUGGUGACAAAGAAUGGCUCUACACAACUUUCCAGAUGGAAUCCUUUCCAAGGACCAUGAAAGUCUGAAGAAAGAAAUAAUAUAAUUGGCACAGCAUGGUGUUUUGCCUGUGGUAGGCAGCCAACGAAUCCUUAAUGAUCGGUUGUGCAAGCUAAAAUUGUGAAUGUCUCCAUUAUUAUCUUCUGUUGAAUAACCCACAGUAUUUUCCUAAGAUUCCUGGGUUUAAGGGUUAGCUGGGAACUUGGACCACUGAGAAACAAAACAUUUGACUGAAAGGAGCGGAUGGAACCUGGGUCAUAGGCCAGAGCACAUGUGUCCUUUGAGGCAAGUAAACUUGAGGAGACAUAAAUAGGAAAAGGACCCAGCAUUUCUGAGGAAGAGCACUGAGACAUUGCCUCUUCUUUUAGCCUCUCUUGUGACUUCUCUCCUUCAAAUCAGACAGCUUGGAAACAUACAAAAGACAAGAGAUUCCUGUGGUCUUUACCUUAUAAAACCCCAACUGUUAAAUUAAAAGAAGGAUCACCAUUGAGCAGUAUUAACUGAAUUGUUUUGUUUCAGCUUUUGGCUUUUGAAACAAGGUCUUGCUAUGUAGCCCAGGCUAGCUUCAAAUUAAUAUUCCUCCUGCUCAGCUUCAGUUCUAAGAUUAUCGGUGGGCACCACCGCAUCAGCUGGCAGAUGGUUUUUGAAGGCAGAUGGUUUUGAAGGUGGGUUUCCCGGUUUCAUUUGAGGGACAGUGAACAGGGUAGCAGUGACAGACAAUUAAUCCCUUACAGAAGGCAAGAGGUGCCAAGAGGAUAGUCUUCGUUGUAGCCGCGGAACUAUGCUAGAUAGUCUGAAAGUGGUACCCCAGGGCCUUCCUAUGCUGAGUACAUGUAUCUAGGCAAAGCACCCACGAGCGUGGUGGGUUUUGAAAUGUGGGAGUUGGGAAUGACCAUUCCAUACAACGUGUCUCCCCAUAGGAGAAGACACAGGCUACCUGGGUACUCGUAGGAUGACAAUAUGUGUCAUCCCUCAGAUGCUGCCUGAGAUCUUUCUUGUUUGUCUCGUCUCUGGCUUUCCUUUAGGAGUCCUGUUAGCCUAUACAAGAAGACAAUACGUUCGGGAGAACCAAGGUACACUGCUUCCCCAGUCAGGUUUUGCUGACUACAUAUAUUAUCUCAUGAGGAUAUGCUGAGGAAAUCACAUUUAUCUGGAAAUUGAAUAAAUCAUAUUAAAAAGAAGUAACUUAUCAACUAGGAGAGUCUCCUGAAAAUCUAGGAUGUAGAUGGAACUGGCGUAGUACUGUGUCUCGUUUCUAUAAGGCCUCAUAAAUUUUCCCACGCUGCGCCCACUGGGGAUUUCCUUGCCUAGAAAAGGUGCCAUAAGCUGAGCAAACAGAUCCAGAGUAUAUUCUAGUAGCCUUAGUUUAAAUAGGGUGCCCGCCACUGUGUGUGUGCGUUAAUAGGGCCAUGCAGAUCUAAAUGCCCAUAAUGAUUCCUCUUCUAUGUGUAGUUUCUUCUCUCUCUCUCAUACAGACAUUUCUAUUGCAGGAAUGCUGUCCUGGCUGAAUCACCAACCUGACACACACGCACACACCAGAGGACAUGUGUCACAUACACCAACUCCAGAGAGGUUUGAAUAUUGGGGCUUUGGCAGCACUAUUCCUUUAAUAUUCAGUUAAUAUUCAGUUAAUACUUUUGAGCAAUCAAAAUCAUUUCAGAAGAAACCAACCUAAUAGACAUUCAUCCUUCUCUGUCCCAUCCUUUCCCUUCAAGAUGCAAGAUGAAUCGCCAUCUAACUAUUGAGUAAAAUUCAGCAAAGCCAUUUCAGUCGGUGAACAAAAUGAUGGCUUAGAAGGUAAUAUUUCACCCUAGGUUUCUGAGGGUGGCUGUACACCAGAGAAUCCAGGUAGCCCUCAGGACCUAAGCACACAAAAAUCUCAGUAAAGGCCUGUAGUUGAGUUUAGGACCACAAGGUCACUACCAGAUUCUGUUUUUGUUUUUUUGUUUCUUUUUUACUUUCUGUUGUGUGUAACAAAACUCUGUAUGGCCUCAUUGCCUGGAAAAGUUUUCAUGCUCUGUAAAAGACAAAUAGCCAUUUCUCCUCACUAAUUAUUAGUCAGCUUGGACAGUCACAGAGUGAAGAAAAGAACCAAAAUGUCCCUGGAUGAAAACUAGGAAAGCUGAGGAGUAGGUAGAAGGAAUUUGGUGUGUGGGCUAGUCCCUGCGGGGGAGGGGGGGGAAUGCUGUGCCUCUCAGUGAUCUGCUGGUUAGAUCUCAGCUAACUUCCAACGGGGGCUGGAAAAUCGUGCCACAUACAGGUGCGCUCAGUCAGAGGCCCUUUGAGAACUCAGAUGUCCUCAGAAGAAAAUGCAACCCUGCCUUGUUUUUUUGCAAAUAAUCUUCCCUUUGUUCUCCAAAGUAGAAGUUUACUGUAAUUUUUCACUUUUGUCAGAAUCUAGGCUCUUCCCUAACACAUUAUUUUCCUCAUGCAACAAAGCAAUAAAUCCAAAUAGGUGUUCGCAUGCUCUGACUCCCAAUAAACAAGCCUGGGCAGCUCUGGCCUCCUUUGCUCUGGCCUCCUUUGAUGACUAAAACUACAGCAGUUACGCCCUCAGGGGCUUUCUGCUUUCUGCUAGGACCAUUCUGUCUGCCUUGCAUUUUUUUUGCUUUGCUUCUUCUCCAGCUGAGCUCAUUAUCAGCUAAGAAGGACCAGAUGGGAUUUUCCAGUGUUGGGAGACUUUCGGGACUCCAGGGUCAUAAGAAAAUUGAGGUUUAAAGAGUCUGAAGCAAGGGUUUCCCAAAGUAAGUUGUCACAUAAGAUUAAUGGUGUUGGCAUCUAUAGUAAUCUCUGGCUAAACCCAAAGGAAGGGUCGUUGCAUGCCAACCGCACCAGGUGGCAGCUAUGACAGCUAUUUUUUUCCAUGGGUGGAGAGAUAAAAUCUGCUUAAAACCCAUUUAGGAUUUUCCCUAAAACCCUCUUCCCAGAUCACCGUUUUCUUCCUUUCCUUUCCCUUCCUUCUGCCCCAUUGCUCAAUAGGCUGCUUGGUAAUGACCAUAUAGUUACGUGGGGGUUGAUUUGGGAGCAGAUAACAGGAGAUCUUAACUGAGUAAUAGCCAGUCUCACCGCCUAAUGCCAUAAUCAGGCAAUGGCACAGAGAUACUUAAAAACAACGCAGUUUGGGAGAGGAGACAUUGAUUAGACACUGCACUCUCGUAGCUGUAGAGCUUACACAAGCCACUGUCUGCCCAGGCCUGUUAUGUUUCCAUAUGGGAAGAGAAGGGCCAAAUGCAGUUUUCUAAUCUCUGCUUUGCUUUCUUCCAUCUUGCUGCUCUAAAACACAGCUUAUUAAGUUGGAGAGCCAUACACAAUAUUGAAUAUUCAAUUUAGACAGUUUUUUUUUUCUCAUCCCUUUUGGGAAAACUCCAGCUCAAGCUUCUUAGUCAUUCCAUGCUUUGUAGCACACUUGAAGAGUAUCCGCGUUAACCCACAGUUCGCUGCUGUUUUGAGACACCAGUAAAUAUCCUUUGGGCAAAAUCCUUAUUAUCUAAACUCACCGUUCUCCCAGAAGCAGCGAUUCUGCCCAGGGAAAUGCUCGGCAGAGUCUCCGUGAGGAACCAGACACCUCGCAGCUGCAUUUGAGUUCUUGCAUCAUACCUGCUGUAGCAACAGAGCCCACUCCAAAUACUCAGCCCACACCAUUUUCCCCAAACGGCCCUAAUUGCCAACCCUAUGUGGGAAUUUGGGAGCCUCUGGAAAACAAGCUUGAACACUCCUGACAUUUGGUGCAAGAUUUGCACAACCACAGCAACCGUUUCCACAUACCUUUCCAUCCGCAUGCGUGCAGACAUGCCCAUCCUUUUCUCAGCAGAGACAUGCAGGAGGGUUCGAGUUCAUUUGAAAGUUUUCCCCUUGAUUUACUUGUGUAACAGACAUAACAUCCCAGCAAGAGAAUCUGUCGCUUACAAGAAUGGAGUUUUCCCAUUUCCCCUUUCCUUUUCUCUGACUACAGAGUCUCCAAGUAACUAGAAAUGUGAGAGGUGGCUAUGCCUUACCCUCCCUGGUUCUAUUGUAAUAGGCCAUAGCUUGCAUUUUCACCCUCUGACCAAAUUUCUAGGACAGUGGAGUUCCUGUAGCUAGUGUGUUGAACACUGUCACUGUCAGAAAAGAUUUCAGCUCUUCCAAUUUAGAGAAGCAAGAUGGACAUCCAGGUCCAAAGGGAUUAAUUUUUGUUAGUGGUGAUGAUGGUGGCUGGGUUUUUCCCUCCCCUCAAGGUGUAAGAAAAUCUAAAGUGAGAACAGAAAGGUAUUUCUUAACUGGCCCACUUUAAGGUCACUGCAGAAAAGUGGAAGAUGUUCCACAGGUCCUGUGGGAUAAGGUUCACGCUAAGACCCUGAAUCAUUCCUGAUCAGUUUUUUUUUUUCCUUUUUUCUAUACCUGAUCUUGUUUUAUCUUUCUUCCUCGGAUCCAAUUGCCCAUUUUGGUAUUUUUAAAAGUCUUUCUGGUUGUAUUUUGAGAAACUUUUGUGCUGAGAAUAAAAUGUACUAUUGGAACAGACCAGUGUUCUACAGAGGCAGCACAUGACCUGGACAAUGGGUGGCAGCAUAACUGGGUUCCUCUGGAGAGAUCCCCAAUCCCUGGGCGAGCUUUGGAACCUAACAACCGACUGUUAUCUUUGUCAUCAUCCUCUGGGACAUGAGGAUGAUGCAGUCAGAGCCUUGCUGCUUUUUGGUUCUGUUUCUCCUCAUGACAACCAUCUGUCUUGCCUGGAAACAGCCCUUUCUGCCUUUGGUAGAUGACAGAUACACUCAGGAGCCAAGGAAGUUGGUCAAACAUGCCUAAGGUUUCUUCACGCUGGAACAAAUACCCCAACACACACAAUCAGAAACUCAGCUCCCAGGUGGCUAAAUACACACACAUUCCCUCUGCUGUUCUAAGAGCCUUCAGUAUCCAGACUCUCCUGCAAACCACCUCCCACCUUUCCUUUCUCUUCUUUCCUCCAUAAAAUCUUCAGCAUUCCAUCCCCAUGUUGCACAACACAGACCAGAUCAUCUGGUCACUAUAAAGAUUUGUACAUAUUAAAACAAACCUACUUUUUAGAGAAUUUUUUUGUAUAUUCUUUUUCUAUUUGUUUUCUACAGCUUGAGGAGAGAGCUGGCAAACUGUGAAUCUCAUUUUAUCUUGAUGCCAGCAGAUAUAUUUUAGCUUCCUGGUAUGAAUUUGUGUUACUAGGGACAACAGAUUGCCCUCUGAUCAGUAUUGCGCCUCAAAUCUACAAAAUUACCUUGGCCCAAUCUUACACUGUUUCUUACACAAAUCCCCAAAUUUCUUUGCUAUUAUUUAUACAGAGAAAUAUUUAUAGUCCUGGAUAAUACAAGUUUAACAUUAAUUUAAUCUUGUUACAAGUUUGUAUCUAUUCAGAAAUCGUAAAGACUCAGAGUAGGCUGAUAUAAUCUAUUUAGUAUCUGUAAUUUUUCAGACAGAUAUUUUCUUACACUAUUUUCUAUACAACCACAUAGACAGAAGUAUAACAAAUUAGAGCACAAGUUUCUAUAGCAAUUUAGGGGUAUCAACUAUUUCCUGAGCACACAGCCACAUUUGAGAAAUUUAGGAACUCAGUCCUUCAUGAUGCAAUGAGUAACAUGACCAAACUAAGAUCAAGGAAUUGCUUAAACCCUGUAGGUAGGUAGGAGAUGCAUCUGGACAGUUAAUCCUUCAACAUCAAGGAAUGGUGCUGACUUCUUUUUUCCAACACCAGCCCUUGUUUUCCCAAUCGACCAUUCUAAUUUUACUUUCCCAUAAGAUGAAUAAAGGCCGGUGCUAAUAGUGGGAUCAUUUCUACAUCAGAAUCUCCCAUGUGUUCCUAAAUGUUUAUGUGAAAAUUGGCCUCGGAAGACAUUGAAUAGGAAAGACUGAGGAUGAGAGGUAAGAAAAGAAUUCGGGACAGGUUUGGUGCAGUUUUAAGUCUUGCCAAGGAAAAUGAUAGUAAAACCUCACAUUGUUAUAUGAAUUGAACAUAUAUUUUUUAAAAAAGAAAUUAAAGACAACAUAUUUUUAGUACCCAAUCAGAAUCCAUGCUGUAUCACGGGGGGGGCUGGAGGUGGGAGUCACACUGAGAUUAUUUAGAAUAAACCCAAAUAGUUUUUCCUCAGGUAGGCAGCAAACUAUAUAACCUCCCCACAAAGUAAGCCCGAAGCCACGGAAAACCCAAGGUGUCUUUCCUCCGCCAAACACACUCUCUGCAACGGUGAGAGGGCCUAGUGUUUUAGUGUGUUUGAAAGAAUAACUUACUACAUAGAUUGCAUAUUAGGACGUAUCUGAACCUGCUCCUCAUUAAGUGAACAGAUUAGAUGUGCCCUCAACUGGUUAAGAUUGUAUCUGUUUUCAAGUACAGCUAGCUAUCCCAGCAUGAUGUUCUGUGUGUACACCCUGACACUUGGUUCUCGCAUGAAGACAGUGCCUAUGCACUUUGUGUAGCGAUAAUGUGGGUGUUUGUGUGUAAUUUCCGUGAAACAGUGUAUAGAUGUAAUUUAAUUUAAAUGUUGUUCUUUGCUGUUUAGCUAAACACAAUAGAUAUGUCAGUUGCCAUUUGGAAAACCUUUCUUUGCUGUCUUAGGUAUCUACUAGGGAUUAUUCCUCUUUCUCAAUGUGAUCUGAGUGAAGAACUUACCCAUUAAACCUCCGUACUGAUGAUUGUUUGCAAAUCUGUGUGUCCAGCACCGUUGUAAAUACAGCUCUGAGCAGGGAUGGGGUUGAAUGUGUGUCCUGCUACACAAUGAAAGGUCAUCCCAUGCCUGCGUCAUUCCCACUCAGUGCACCAGUGGAACUUGUGGUUGCCAAGGCUGAGGAAGGUCCAGAAUGAGGACGUUCAUCUUCUGUCCUCACAGUGGUAUGGGCUUAAAGAGACUGAAAAAAAAGAAGGUCCAGCUUCUCCUUGGCAUACUCAACCAUGCCUGUGGGGAAGGGUCAGCCUCUCUGGUUGUCAGAUCUUCAUCAUGAUGUUUAUGGCCUAAGUUUAAGAAGAGCCUUGUUCCCCUUGACAUCCUGAGUUGGAGAACAGGAAAGUGUUUACUGAUUAGCAGCCACACAGGUGAGACCCCCCCCAAAAGCACAGUUCUGGCAGCAAAAAGCACACUUGUCAGAAAACAACAGAGUACUAAAAGCACAGCAAGGCCAGGGGUCAGCAACAGCCAAGGGCCAGCCUUGACAAUGGCAGAGGAUUGACCUCUGAUGCACUGAUCCCAAGUAUGUGACAGGAGUCUGAUCUCCUCUACCCAGUGUCUUCUGUUUUCAUGUAUAGAAUGGCUAAAAAUGAAAUUUACAGUGGCAAUUAGAUGCUGUUCUCCCAAACUGCAUUCUCACUAAAUAUACUGUGUCGGGGGGGGGGGGGCGGAGGUUGUAGUUCCUGUAACCCCUUUCUUCCCCACAAUGAUGGAAGAAAGAGCAACGUGCUCCUCUGUUUUCUGAAAGAUCACAAAGGUGUGAAGCACAUUCAUUUUUCAGGAGCUUCACCAGAUGUGUGGGGUGAGGGGAUGUGGUGGCUGCUUCCUUCAAAUUCUGGAUGAAAAAAAUAUAUAUAUAUACCGAAAGAAAAGUAGACUUUAGGCAGGAUUAUUUUGAAUGAAGGAUAAGAUUAAUGGUUUCCCUCACGUUCACGCUCCCCGUUGUUCUGAUGUCAUGUAGCAGAGUGUAUCUACAAGCACACGUUAUUUAAAGACUAAUGAAUGCAAAAAGAUGAGAAACUCAACUAAUUUGGAAGUUGUUUCUUAUAUAUGGUACUAGGAAAUGCCUUGUUGGUAAAGCACACCUUGGGUAGUUGAGAUCUCCUGUGUUUGUCUUUAGCUUUUCUGUGAUGUGCACUGAUGACUGUAACAUUUUGUAUGUAAAGUAACUGGAUAUUCUUCACAUGCUGGAAAUAACCUGUGAAUCCAAUCUUUCACUAAGUGUUUUAACUCCUGUGUAUAUAUAUCUCUCUCAUCAAUAAAUGUGGAUUCCACUUUG